AUGACUUCCCCGCUUCGAAUCGCCGUGCUAGAAUGCGACACGCCACUGGAUAACAUCAACGCCAAGUAUGAAGGCUACGGCGGUGUUUUCAAAGAGCUCUUCAGAGAAAGUGCCAAACGAUUAGGGCAGCCGGAAAAACUAGACCCGGCGACUGGCUUGGAGAUCUCGCGGUGGGAUAUCGUGGACGGAGACAAGUAUCCCAACUUGGAUGAGGUUGAUGCUAUUGUGUUGACUGGGUCGAAGCAUAACUCCUUCGAAGAUCAACCUUGGAUCCUGAGAUUGGUCGAAUACACAAAGAAAGCCAUCGAACACCCCCGCGUGCAGAUCCUGGGUAUCUGCUUCGGUCACCAGAUCAUCGGGCGUAGCCUAGGAGUGAAAGUCGGUCGAAGUGAUGCCGGGUGGGAAAUCGCAGUGUGCGAUAUGGACCUGACAGAGGAGGGAAAGAAGUUGUUUGGGAAGGACAAGCUCCGCAUUCAACAAAUGCACCAGGAUAUAGUCUAUGAAUACCCACCCAAUGUUACACCUCUUGGAUCGUCUCCUCGUUGCGCUGUGCAGGGCAUGUACUUGCCCGGCAAGUUUAUUACUGUCCAAGGCCAUCCGGAGUUUACGGGGUUUAUAGUGACUGAGAUCGUCAGUACUCGAGCCAAGCUGGGUGUGUGGCCUAAGGAUGUGUCUGAGGAUGCGCUGAACAGGGCUAUCGCUGACCAUGACGGUCUUGCAAUUGGGGCGGUGUUCCUUAACUUCUUGUUGGAGGACAGGAAGUAA